AUGGCGAGGUUAUAUACAGUAAGUGCCGGCUGCGGCGACAGUUCGAGAGCGCGGCCCGCGCGGCUGAGUACGAUGUGGCGAGUUAUUGUGUCCUUAAUGGUGGGAACCGCGGCGGCGAGGGAGUUCACUGUCGCCUUCAAGAAAUCUUUGACACCGACUAUAGUCAGGGUCGACGUUAAAAACAAAUGUCAAAGCGAAACUUUCGUUAAGGAGUUUUCAGAAGAUGACCACCACAAGCUGCCGCGACUCUACCAUCUCGACAACUAUGAGCGUUGUCUCUCUCAGCCGGAGGGGCUCUACUGCUUGGGCACGUUCCGCCUAUCUGCUAAUAAGCCUAAUGCCGCUUACAAUUUCCUAAAAGAUUAUUCAUCCGUACCGCGACAUUUUGACCGCACUCUACUACACCGCGGCUACUGCCUUAGCACGCGCUGCCCGUCCAGUGAGCGUAACGCUACGUCGCGCUUCGAGCGAUGCGUGGAGCAGAACGCACUGGUGCCCGGUCUGAGCGCGGCUCUACAGAGUUAUACUUGCACUACCCCAGACGACUUGCGAGUCCCACGCACCAUUAACAUCCCGCAACGCGCUUUCCUCGCGGUAGUUUGCGUAAUACUUUUUCUAAAUGCAGUUGGAACUUUGUACGAUUAUGCUGCUCGGGGUAAAGGCAAAAACAAACUGUUACUGGCGUGGUCGGUGCGCGCAAACUGGAACCGACUCAUCGCUACACACGAAAACGGCGACCCGAGACUGUCAGCCCUAGCCCCGGUGCAGGGCAUCAGGGUGCUCUUGUUGGCGCUGGUGAUGAUGACACACGCUUCAGAGAUACUUCAUAAGGUCUACAUUUACAACCCGGAGUUCUUCGAACAGGUACUUCUAUACCCUGCCACCAUGCUGGUAAGGAACGGAUCGUCUUUAGUGCAAGCGUUCUUCGUGAUCUCCAACUUUCUAUUCGCCUACAGUCUGUUAUUAUAUUCCAAGCAGAGACAGCUCAAUCUCUCUCAGCUUCCGUUGUGUAUCAUGUACAGAUUAGCUAGGUUAACACCAGUUCACUUGCUGGUGGUCGGGUUCGCGGCGACGUGGUGGCAGCACAGCGGCGACGGGCCGCAGUGGGCCGCCACUGUGGGCGCGGAGGCCAAAGUAUGCAGCAAGAAGUUCUGGACCCACGCCCUCUAUCUACAUAACUUCUUCUAUCCAGAAGAGCAUUGCCUGUUACAGACAUGGUUUUUGGCUGUCGACAUGCAACUGUUUAUAGUGGCGUCAGUAUUGAUGCUAUACCUGCAGCAGAAGAAGAAGAAUCCAGUGCCUGUUCUGACGCUGCUCUUUUUCCUGGCCUGUUUGCUGAACGCUGCACUAGCGUACAUUAACGAGUGGAAGUCGCUCUUAUACAUCAUGGUGCCUGAAAACGUGCGCAACACUUUCCGAGGUGUCCCGUCUUUCAAUCAGUUCUACAUCGCGCCGUGGGGCAGUCUGCCGGCGUGCUUCAUGGGCCUGCUCACCGCGCAGAUACACUUCAAUAUGCAGGAACAAGGUUACAAGAUAUCCAAACACAGGUGGUUCGUGUGGCUGACGCACAUGUCCGUCCCGCUGCACGUGGCGUUGAUCCUGGCGGGCAACACGAUGCUGCAGCACUCGUCCCGCGCCGCCGCCGCGCUCUACGUGGCCGUGGAGCGCCCCGUGUUCGCGGUACUCGGCUCCAUCAUGCUCCUCGGCGUCGCUAAUAACGUGGAUAAUAGUUUCCACCGACUGGCGGCGUGGCGCGGCUGGUCGGCGCUGGGCCGCAUGUCGCUGUCGGUGCUGAUGCUGCACUGGCUCAUUAACAUGCGGCUGGCGGGCGCGCGGCGCACGCUCUCGGAAGUCAACAUAUUUAGCAUCGGCGCGGAUCUCCUGUCGACGUGGUGGUGGACGCACGUGGCGGCGCUGCCGCUGACGCUACUUGUGGAGUCGCCCGCGCAGCGCACCCUCACUGCGCUCCUUGUCUAGCGACGAGCCUGUGAUAUUCACCUCUGUGUUUGUUUAAAACUGAA